UCUUAUACGUAUAUCCCAAAUCGCGAAACACUUUCCCCUCUCCUCCCCAGGGACCCCAGACCCCACCCCAAAUCUGACCGACAAUGCCGCCUACGCUCCCCGCCGGUAAACCUCCGGGCCAAGCAACCCGGCCGCCGGAGCCCGCGACGCCGUCAGCCAAGAGCAGAGUAGCCGAUGCCCAGUUGUCGGAGCGCAAAAGGAAGGUCGCGCCAUCGGCCGGUCUGCCGAAGAAGAAGAAGAAAGGGAAGACCAGAUCGCCGCCGGCCGAGCCCGAGAAGAAGCCUGUGCCUCUCCUGUUGGAGCGCGCCUGGACACCCGGCGACGAGGUCCAGACACUCGAGGCCACGGUGCGAGCAGCCCGCCCGCCGGACCCCGCCAAGAGCAAGCAUGCGCCGUCAGCCAAGAGCAGGGAGGCCGAUGCCCAGCUGCCGGUGCGCAAGAAGAAUAUCGCGCCAUCAGCCGAUCCGCCCCAGAAGAACGACAAGUCGAGAUCGGCGCCGGCCGAGCCGGAGAAGAAGUCACUCCCGUCUGACCACGCGUGGGCGUGGACACCGAGCGACGAGGUCCAGAUACUCGAGGCCCUGGUGGCGUAUCGCCAGGAACACGGCAAGCUGCCGAGAACCAAGGCGCUCCUCGCCUCCCUCCAACUCCAAGGCCGCCUUGACAGCAAGGGCUUCAGCCUGCAGGACCUCCGGCAGAAGGUGCGCAGUCUCAAGGGCUGGCACGACUACGACGCCAUCAACGGUGUCCCUGCCAAAGAACACAAGUGCAGCCUCUGUCACCUCUCCAAGACCGUCUGGGGCACCAUCCCAGAGCCAGUUGCUACGAGUGGUGGUGAAGCAAGCACAAAAGUGCCAAAUGCUGGCAAGACGUUCGGUGAAAUGUGUCAGUUGUACCCUUGGCUCACUGAUGAGAUGACACACAUUGUGGAUGAACCUGCUGUCUUGGAGAGACUGCUCUUGGACUUUGAUGAUACCAAGGCACGUGCAUUGGACUCCAAAAUCGACAACCUAAGGAAAGAGCUCACCGAGGCUAUCAUGGAAUCGGCGAAAAGGCAAAACCUUGAAGUGCCUAAAGUAUGGCAGUGCCAAUGCACUAGGCUUCAGCCAGCAAAGUCGAGAGCACAAAAUGAAAACAUGCUUUUGUUAGAGCGCUUGGAUAAAAUUGGUGAGAUGCAGGAGCAAUUGAAAAGAAUUGAAAGUGGAAUGGCAGAACUAAAACCAAGUUCAAAAGCUUCCAAGCCUGCACCAAAGGUGAUAAGAUGUAAUUCUGCUGCGAGUGCGCCUCACUCAGUUGUUGCAGAAAAACAGUUCUCAGGCAAUGUACUGCAAAAGAAGAUAGAGGUGCAAGGGAAAUUGCCUCAUUGCAAGAAUGGGGAGGUUACCUCUAAGUAUCGGCCUCCCGGCAAUUUGCGAAAACCGAUAUUGGCUUCAAAGAGUAUUCUUCGUGCUAGGAACGGGAAGAUUGACGCUGAAAGCCAGAUUCUGAAUUAUGUGGAAAAGAUGAAGGUAGUUGCAUGCGCACAAAAAGGCUUUUCGCAUGAUUUGAAUGUGGAGGGUGGGAAAGAGGUUGUUUUACUUUCAUUUUUACAGCCACAUCAUCAAGUAGCCAAGGCUACUCUUCAAACAUCUUGUACAUCUACAAUAGUUGGGGGCAUGGCACUUGGACCUGGAUGUUGCCUAGUCUUUGUCAAUAAAGUGUUGGAUGGAAAGGCUCCUCUGAUACGCCCUUUCGGGGACAUGAAAACAAUGGUUGAUGCACUUGGGCAUUCUAUUGCAUGGACAUGUCAACAAAUCCUAGAUGAUACUACUGCUGGCAUGGUAGCACCUGAGCAAGCAUCUCCAGGGCAAAAGGGAUGAACAAGUGCCUCCUUUUGUGCCAGAGCUGAACAAGGGAUCAUUUUGCAUAUGAUAGUGGGUCCCGGUCUUAAUGUUAUAGCCUUUUGUGAGCUCUGCACGAACGAGCUGGGCAGAUUAACUUGACCCAUACAUGGGUUGGACAUCCUUCUUUUGGUGUAAUUAUUCUAGGCUAACUGAUGUAUCUCAGCAGUGACUCGCAAACUUAGUUAUGUUGAUCUGACUCAGAAAAGCUGAUGGUAUAAACAUAUAUUGCCUGAGUUUUUCUUA